CCCUCUUCAACUACCAAUCCUUUCACCCUCCCUCCACCUCCACCUCCACCACCUCGUCCUCAAAGCCGCGCGCGCAGAGGUGCACCAUGCAGUCCCUUCGUCAACCUCUCACUCGCGCCCUGCGGAAUGCGCCGGCGGGCCUGACUAAAUCUGCUUCUCCUGCCAGCUAUGCCACCAUCUCCGCCAGCGACGCGCCAGGGAGUCCGACCGGCUACGCAAAGACCGGCCUGAACUUGCGCAUCACCAAGGACACCAAGGUCCUCUUCCAGGGCUUCACCGGCAAGCAGGGCACUUUCCACGCACAGCAAGCCAUCGAGUACGGCACCAACGUAGUCGGAGGUACCAAUCCUAAGAAAGCGGGCAGCACACACCUCGACCGCCCCGUCUUUGCGACGGUCGAAGAUGCGAGAAAACAGACGGGCGCCGAUGCCAGUGUCAUCUUCGUGCCCCCGCCGCUCGCUGCUGCGGGUAUCGAGGAGGCUCUCAAGGCCGAGAUCCCUCUUGCUGUGUGCAUCACUGAGGGCAUCCCGCAGCGUGACAUGGUGCGGAUCACGGAUAUGCUGAAGACACAGGACAAGACGCGGCUGGUUGGACCCAACUGCCCUGGUAUCAUCGCUCCCGGCCAAUGCAAAAUGGGUAUCAUGCCUGGCUUCAUCCACAAGCGCGGCCGCAUCGGUAUCGUCUCUCGCUCGGGCACUCUCACCUACGAAGCCGUCAACCAAACCACGCAAGCAGGCCUCGGCCAAUCGCUCGUUGUUGGAAUUGGCGGUGACCCAUUCUCCGGCACAAACUUCAUCGACUGCCUGCGCGUCUUCCUCGCAGACCCAGACACUGAUGGAAUUAUCAUGAUUGGAGAGAUUGGAGGCAGCGCAGAAGAGGAUGCUGCAGACUUCUUGAAGCAGUACAACACUGGUGGUAAGGACGGCAGGGGCAAGCCAGUCGUGUCUUUCAUCGCUGGUAUCUCUGCGCCUCCAGGGAGACGUAUGGGCCACGCUGGUGCCAUUGUUUCCGGUGGAAAGGGUGGUGCGGACAGCAAGAUUUCUGCACUGGAAGGCGCCGGUGUCACUGUGGAGAGGAGUCCUGCAAGCCUGGGCAAGACGCUGAGAGAUCAGUUUAUCCAGAGAGACCUCUUGUAAGAAACAGAAACAUGGGAUAGAAACGGAGAGCAUGUGCCAAACUAGGUAACGUGGCGCAGGGGCCAGUCGUCUUAUCACGGCCGCGAAGAUGCGAUGUACAGCUUUUCUGUUAUGUGAUUAAGUAGAGGCGUGUAUUGCAUGGCAUUUUCAUUUCCAG